UAUUUCGUGACAAAUAGUGUGCAAAGUGCGUAAAAUUAUUUUCUCUCUUUCUUUCUCCCCACACAAGAAGGAAAACACAGAAAGGAAAGAGAAAAAAGAAAAACCUUUUUUUUUUCCACAGAGAAAGAUAAAUAUUGCGGUAACGUAAUAAAUUAAAUGAUUAUAUCUCAGUGAUUGUUGUGAUAAUUGUUUUCUCGUGAUCCGCGCUUACAAAUCAUACCUUUGUUAUUGUGAUCAUCAACAACAAAAUCUCCAUCAAUAUAGAUAUGGAUAUGGAUAUGGGUUCUCUUCGUUUUGCCUCUCCUCAAUGUUUUCCUUGAAUUUUGUUUGAUCAAAUAAUCAAUCACCCAUUUCAAACUCAAAGACUUGCAAUUUGGACACUGCAAAAAGACAUUGAGCUCUUAGAAAGUAGUUGUUUGUAUCCAAUGGGGGGAAGAUUGUGACAAAUAUGGAUCCUCAGGCCUUCAUUAGGUUAUCAAUAGGCUCUCUUGGGCUACGAUGUGCCGGAAUUGAGGGAAGCACCGGAAGAUCUAGAACUCAAAAGCCACCUUCUCCUUUUGUUUGUGAGAUACGGCUCCGGGAUUUUCCUGUUCAAACAUCAUCAGUCCCCUUGAUAUCCUCUACCGAAGCUAUACCUGACGUCGAGAAUGUUGCUACUAGCUUUUACCUUGAGGAAUCUGAUCUAAAAGCAUUGUUGGCUCCCGGUUGUUUCUAUAAUACUCAUGCUGGUUUGGAGAUUGUUGUUUUCUCAGGUAGGAAGGGCUCCCAUUGUGGAGUUGGCAUCAAAAGGCAGCAAAUUGGGAUUUUUAAAAUACAGGUAGGCCCUGAGUGGCGCGAAGGAAAGCCACUGACUCUUUUUAGUGGGUGGAUAGGUAUUGGGAAGAGAAGACCGGAGAACGGACGGCCAGUUGCCGAGCUACACUUAAGAGUGAAGCUAGAUCCCGACCCUCGAUACGUAUUCCAGUUUGAAGAUGUUACCACAUUGAGUCCUCAGAUAGUUCAACUGCAAGGGUCCAUCAAGCAGCCAAUCUUCAGUGUCAAGUUAACUAAGGACAGAGUUUCCCAGAUUGAUCCAUUGAGCAAUUAUUGGUGUGGUUCUACAAUUUCCGACUUGGAGAUCGAGAGGCGAGAGAGAAAAGGGUGGAAGGUGAAGAUACAUGAUCUAUCCGGCUCAGCUGUAGCUGCAGCCUUCAUAACAACUCCCUUUGUUCCAUCUUCAGGUUGUGAUUGGGUUGCAAGGUCCAACCCAGGAGCUUGGUUAAUUCUUCGUCCGGACGCUUGUAGACCAGAGAGCUGGCAGCCGUGGGGAAAGCUUGAAGCUUGGCGCGAACGCGGCCUCCGAGACUCUGUCUGCUUUAGAUUCCAUGUCCUAUCUGAGGCUCGGGAAGGCGGUGAACUUCUCAUGUCAGAAAUAUUUUUAAGUGCUGAAAAGGGUGGCGAGUUUUUCAUAGACACUGAAAGACACAUGCGGACUGCAAACACCUCAGCAAGUCCAGUACCUAGUCCACAGAGCAGUGGGGACUUUGGUGCGCUGACUCCGGUAGGCGGAGGCUUUGUCAUGAGCUGUAGAGUUCAAGGGGAAGGGAAACGAAGUAAACCGUUAGUCCAGCUGGCAUUGCGACACGUUACAUGCGUCGAGGAUGCUGCCAUCUUCAUGGCACUUGCGGCAGCUGUUGACCUCAGCAUUGAGGCAUGCCGGCCGUUUCGUAGGAAGAUUAGAAGAGGUUUCCGGCAUUCUUUCUAAAGAGAGAACAAUGCAAAUGUAAAAUAGUAACUGUCAAUCAUGUGGAUUCUCCAACUUUCUAACUCAAAUAGCUGCAAUAGUUGGAAAGAAAAAAGUGCACAGCAUAAGUUGUUAGAGAAUUCAACUCUCAAUAUUUGGAUCUUUAGAUACUUCAUGGGAUUGUGAAGGAACAAGGAAGGAAGUAAAGUUUAAAACGACAAAUCAAUUCAGUCAUUGUAAGAAGUAAGAACUAUAUAAAAGAAGAAAGCCUUUUAAUUUAAGAAGUGCUCUUUGAAAAAA